CGCACGCACAAUGUGUCGGCUGCUCCUGCCCAGCACAAAGCCCUCGUUCCAGAAAGCCGUCGCACAAAGCCGAAGCCCCCCGGCGAGCCCCCGACGUGCUGGGCUCGGCACAUCCCUGCCGCCAGUGCAGGCCGAGCUGCGGCGCGGGCCAGGCCGGAGCAGCACCAUGCCCUUGCCGAGGCGCCGGUCAUCCUUCCUGGGCCAGCAGCCCUCUGCCUCCGAGGGCUCGGGGCCGCCCGGCCGCCGGCUGAGCAUCGGCGGUGCAGGGAGCCUGUCCAGACCCCCCGGUGUCUACGUGGGCACCGUCCCCACGGGCGGCGUGAGCAGCUUGGGCACCCGCGUGUCCCGCAGAGCCUUGGGCAUCAGCAGCGUGUUCCUGCAGGGGCUGCGCAGCUCCUCGGCCGCCGUGCCCUUGGCUGCGGGGCUGGAGAAGGGCCGGGGUCUCUCGUACGAGAGCCUGAACAGCUGCUUGGUGGAGUACAUCGAGAAGGUGCGAGCGCUCGAGCAGGUGAACCAGGAGCUGGAGGAGCACAUCAGAGUGUACCUGGAUAAGAAAGCGGCCAGCGUGGGCAGCUGGGGAGCGCUGCGGGAGAACUGGGAGGCCAUUUACCAUCAGGUGGGCGAAGCAGUCCUUGAAAAUGCUCGUCUUAUGCUGCACACUGAGAACAUUCAAGCCUGUGCUGAGGAUUUUAAAGACAGGUAUGAAAAUGAGCAGCCAUUCAGAAAGGCAGUGGAAGAUGAAAUUAAUUCGCUAUAUAAAGUGAUUGACGAUGCUAAUUUAACUAAAAUGGAUCUGGAGAGUCAGAUAGAGACCAUGAAAGAAGAACUAACUUUGCUGUCAAAGACUCAUGAAGAAGAUGUGAAGGUGUUAUACAAGCAGCUAGCGGGAUCUCAGCUGGAAGAACUGGAUGUUCCCUUGGGAAGUGGCCUGGAUGACAUCCUGGAAAAAAUCAGGAUCCACUGGGAGAGAGACAUUGAAAAGAAUCGUGCUGAGACAGGAGCCCUGCUUCGUACCAAGCAACAGGCCGAAGCGACCGCGGCCGUGCGAACCCAGGAGGAGGAGCUGGUGGAGGGCCUCAGGACCGAGUUCCAUGAAACUGCCUGCAAAAUACAGAGCUUGCAAGCAGAAACGGAAUCCUUGAGGACCUUGAAGAGAGGUCUGGAGAACUCUUUAUAUGACGCCAAGCACUGGCACGACAUCGAGCUGCAGAACCUAGGCUCUGUCAUUUCCAAGCUGGAGGCAGAGAUGGGGGAAAUCAAAAUGGAAACGGAGCAGCAGCAGCGGGAUCGUGAAAACCUGCUGAGCAGCAAACAACAGCUGGAGAAAGACAUUGCUGCAUAUCACUGCCUUCUGGAUGGAGAACACAGCAGGUACCGGUCCUAA